CACAUGCGCAGCUUCCCCUCUCCGAGCGGCUUCUCGCUCUGGCCGGAGCCGGUUGCCUGGAAACCUUGGCUCCAGGAUGGGGAGGGGGAACAAUGGAUGGGGGCGGGGCUCCCGCGUUCGCGCGCCUGGCCUGCAGACUGGAACCUGAGACGUCACCGCGGAGCACAGUGAUUCCUAUUGGUUGAUUCAGGCAGGGUUCCAUUGUGGACGUCACAAUGCGGAAGUUGGACAAUAAGCUUCAGACUAAAACUUCCUCCCGUGGGCAACAUCUGUGAGGAAAUCAAUGUUUCCCUCUUUCCAUUUCUUUUCUCAUUCUGGGGGCAAAUUGUUGACUUGCAGGGAUUGAAGGGAAAGGAAGUGAAUCCGGGCAGGUUGCAGACUCUGGAAAGAUUGGCCCAGGUCUCUCUCUCUUCAAGACACUGUGAUACCCAAGUGAGAAUGUUUCCAGUGCACUGACUCUGGAAAGAGCUUUAACCAGUUACACAGCCUGAAAAAACAUCGCACCAUUCACAACGGGGAGAGACUGUACAUGUGUUCUGUGUGUGGAUGAGGCUUCAACUGAUUGCCAAAGCUGGAGAGACUCAAGGACACUCACAACAUGGAGAAACCAUGGAAAUGUGCAGACUGUGGGAAAGCUUUCAGGUUCCCAUGUCAGCUGGAAACCCAUCGACGCAGUCACACCGGUGAGAGGCCAUUCACCUGCUCGAAGUGUGGGCAGGGAUUCACUCAGCGAUGCAACCUGCUGAGACAUCAGCGAGUUCACAUGGACAGGCCGUUCAACUGUUCUCAGUGUGGCGAGGGAUUCAGUGAUUUGCCCACCCUGCUGUACCACCAGCAACUUCACACCGAGGAGAAGCCAUUCACCUGCUCGGAGUGUGGGAAGGGAUUCAAUCGGUCAACCCAUCUGCUGAGACACCAGCGGCUUCAUACUGGGGAGAGGCCAUUCACCUGCUUGGAGUGUGGGAAGGGAUUCAUUCAGUCAUCCAACCUUCUGCGACACCAACGAGUCCAUACUGGGGAGAAGCCGUUCACCUGCUCCGAGUGAGGAAGGGAUUCACUCAGUCGUUCAGCCUGUUUACCCACCGGUAACUUCACAGCGGGGAGAGGCCAUUCCUCUGCCCCAAUUGUGGGAAGGGAUUCAAUCGAUUAUCCAACCUGCGGAAGCACCAGCAAGUUCACAAGUGAUUACAGGGGUUGGAUUCCAUUAUUGCUGCUGUUAAUCACAUUAGGACUGAACUAUGUUCAUUCUGGCAGAUGGCAAUGGAGGGUUUCUUUUUGCUGGACUGUCUGUUCUCAUGACUUUACUUCCAGUGGGCUGAUGCCCUGAGACUUGUUGCGAGUAUUUAGCUGCUUUUUCAUAUAGAUCACAGGAACAAAGGGUGUUUUGAAGGUAAAGGAAAUGGUAUUUAGUUUGCGUUUCUGCUUGGAACCUCCUAAAACAUGCCACUUUGCCAUGAAUAUUGGCUGUGCGAGGGUUAAAAAGUUAUUUUUUUAAUUUAUCUGAGUGUUUCUCACAGGAAGCAGCCACAGAUUUGCCCUUGUUUUAUUUGCAGCUAAAUUGGAGUUGGUGAGUGGAAAAGAAGCUGGAAGAUUUGUCGAGCUUGGAGUUGGAGGAUGAAAUCUACAGUGACCCUCGCAGUGAAAGGCCUUGUGGUAGAACCAGUCAGCUUGAGCAGUUAGUUUGGAAAGAGCUGCGAAGAUGCAGUUGGAGCAGGCUGGGGAGAAGCAGUCUGUCUGGUCAAAGUCAGGUCAAGAAGGCAGUGAGGCUCACGCUUGAGUUGAGGAAUCCACAGUCGUGAGGUCUGAAAGAAAUUUUGGAGGGGGUCGCUUAGCCAAAAGCUGAUGGAAUGAUGCUCAAAGGUAGAACAGGGUUUACAACUUAAAUAAUUACAAAACAGUGUUAAGUUCAUAGUAUGUAGUUUGUUCAAUUUUUUUCUUUACAAUAAAGUUUGUUUUUGUUUAAAA